AUUGAUGUGCAAAUGUGGAGUCUACGUCGGCGCGGACAGCGUGAGCAUCUAAUUUACCUGAUUUUUUUCCUCCGUCGUUUCCCUUCUUCAUAGAAGGCGAGGUUGUCCCACCGUCUUGUGCCGGAUACCUAGUUAAACCCACUCGUUCACCGCCGCUUCGUCUCUUGAAGAGAUCAACUGUUCCUUCACGCCUUCAACUAUUGAACUCAUCUGUUGCACCACUGGCUAUUGGCAAUCCUUCGAUGCCAUAGGCGUUUAUCACAGCACCGCUUUUCCGCAACCCUACCGUUUGCAAAUGGGGAAGCUCAUCAAGAACCACCUUGCCAGACUGAUCGUUCUGACAGCAGCGGCAUAUCAAGUGGCCGCCUCGCUGGAGGGCUUCUUCUGGCCAAAGAUCUUCUGGGACUUCCUCACCACGAACUUCGACCCCAUCGUCAAACCGAUCCCGGUUCUGCAAAUCGUAAAUCUCUGCUUCGGCCUGCUCGCGCUGGCGUGGGAAUGGCCCGUCAAGCAGUUCGCCGGCACCUGGUUGCACCAAAGCAUUGAGUUCCGCCUGCUGGUCCUCCCGCUGCUCGCCUUCACGAGCGUGCUCAUGUAUCAGAGCACAAACGCCUGCCUCUACUACCUGAUCGGCAUGGCCAUCUACUUCUGGGGCUACAGCGAGGGCGAGAUCGUCUGCGAGAAGCCUUGGGCGCUCCCCAAGCGCGAGAAACGAAACCUCGCGAAGGCUGAGGCCUGAUUCCCGAACGAGGCACCCACACGGGAUCUUGGCUUUUUUUUUCUUUCCCAUUUCCAAAGGAUCUUUUGUGCCUGCGUCAGUACCGAUUGUAAUGCUCCAACCCCUCACUUAACCGGUCCUCUCCAAGGGAUGGAAAGGGAUUCAUUGGAUGGAUAGCAUGGAAUAGGGGGGCUACUACCUACGUUCACUGUUUCUAUUCUGCAUAGCGUUUGGCGUUUUUUUUCUUUCUUUUUCUCUCGCUCUCUCUUGGGGUCCACAAAGAUACCACCAGGCACGCCCCGACCUGCCAACAAAACACAGCCAACGGCACAGCACGAGACAUUAACAAGCAUCAUAGCAUUGUAUCACUAGCGACCUAAUGGCGGUAUAUACAUACACAUAUAUCAAGUCGAAAUUGAGCGCGACAAUUCUAAUCUUUUAUUUUUGAGA